GCAGUCUAGUAAUCCAUGGAGUAAGGGUGAAACGUAAUAUUAGCCUGCCCAUACUGCUGUUGCAGCCGAGAGGUGCAAAUCAAAGUGAACUUUUUCUUCAGUUUUGAACUCUUCAAUCAUUGUGCCCGAUUGUUUUAAAUUAAUUAAUCCAGUGAUUCUUUUCGCGAAAGUUCGGUGGUUUUCUGUGUCGUGGAGAAUCCAUUUUCCUUAAACUGGAACACAUUUGUGCGAAGCUGCAAACCAUGCAUUACAAUUCGUUCAAUUGUAAGCAGAACAUCCUGGAGUACUACACCUGUCACGGUGGAGUCAAUCAGCUUGGGGGUGUCUUCGUGAAUGGGCGUCCGCUGCCGGAUCUUGUGCGACAGCGCAUCGUGGAACUGGCUCACAAUGGUAUCCGACCGUGUGAUAUCUCACGACAACUCCGCGUUAGCCACGGUUGCGUGUCAAAGAUCCUGUCCAGGUAUUACGAAACGGGCAGUUUCAAAGCCGGUGUUAUUGGCGGCUCGAAACCAAAGGUGGCCACUCCGCCGGUGGUCGACGCAAUCGCUGCCUACAAACUACAGAAUCCAACCAUGUUCGCGUGGGAAAUUCGCGACAAACUUCUUGCCGACGGGAUAUGUGUUCACGAUAACGUACCCAGUGUGUCCUCGAUCAACAGAAUCGUCCGCAACAAGGCAGCCGAGAAAGCCAAAUACAGCUCCCGCAUGGAUUCCAGUAUGGAUAGCAGCCCCAGGGUGAUGUCACGCGGACACGGUCAAUCACAGCAGCAAACUGGGCAGGGUCAAACACCGCAACCCCAAGCCGGCUCCCAGGAAUGUAUGAAUCAACAACCGAUGUCCACAGAACCAGAGAACAUGAUGAAGAGUUCACAGGCGUCGGAUAAUGUAGCGUCGGCUUCCUACAGUAUCAAUGGACUGCUCGGAUUGUCACAGAAAUCGCUCUCGGCAACCAGUUCCAAGCGUCGCAAAAUUAAAGAAGAUCCCGACAUGAAACCCGGUCUCCUGGGCUGCAUUAAACGAGAUAAGGUACUAAAUCCCCACGGAUGGAAUCAAUCAGAUCACAAAGAUAUGCCGGAAAUGAUGCACGAAGGUCGACCCCACGAUCAGGACAAAGGUAACGAAAUGUUCGUCGGAGGCGUUGACUUCGUCAACUCGAUGGCUAUGUCCGAAGAUAACUCCGACAAUCAGUCCAGCUUCUCGAUGCGAGGUGAAAAACCGCACAAAUACCAUCGAGCCGAGGAUGCUUUGUCAGUUGGUGUAAUAAUCGAAGACGACAGUUCCGGUCGCAAGCAACAACAGCAGCAACAGCAGCAGCAGCACCACCACCAUCCGCAGCAUCCUUCCGACUUGGGAAAACCACCGGGCGGCUACGAGAAGCUGAUCACCAGUGAAAUGUUGGCUUCGUCGGCGGCGGCUGCUGCAGCAGCCGCUGCUGUAGGUAUCAAGCGAACGGAGGCCUCUCCACUGGCGCAAUCGAUUGAAUUCCUGAGCGACAUGAACAACAAUAUAUCGCAGAAUCAGAGCUUCCCGACGACUAGCUAUGAAACUGGCAACUACAGUGCCGGCGAACCGUCGGAAACAGCCGUCCUCAAUCCGCACAUAGCUUGUUCUUCCAAUUAUUCAGCCUUUUUGCAGAACACCGAUCAAUUCGCAGCGAAUCCGGAACUGAUCUUCCCGUCGGCAUACACUCAGUACGCACCUGGAUACGGAUCGUUCAAUUAUAACACGGCAUUCACGAAUCAAAAUCUCUGCCGCGAUCUGGGUCAGAUUCAUUACCCGGAGGAACAAUAGCAGCAGCAGGGCAAUGUGCCCAGUAACGAACGCACCCGGUGGAGACAGACAAAUUGAAACAUGACAAAUUAUAUAAGUGACAUUACAAGAAA